AUUAUUUCGAGACGAUGAGAAGGCGAAAAUGAUUGAUCAGGGGAAGCAUUUGAUACCGUGGAUGGGCGAUAGCGCAUUGAAGAUAGACAGGUCCGUUUUCCUAACCUAAAAACCUUCAAAAUCAAAUCAAAAAUGAAAAUCACCCACACAAUUUAAUUAAAAAAAAUCUAGGAUAAAAUAAUACUUACUUUAUUCUCUUUAAAAAUGAAAACAAAAAGCAGUACGUUCUUUAGAACGCAGACGUCAGCAGAAGGACACGAAGAGGAAGAGAGAAGUGAUAAAGAGACAGUUUCACCGUUUACGCAAGACGAAUAAGAAGAAAAUGAACUGAAAAAAAAAUUUGAAAAAAGAUUAAAUGAGAUAUACAUUGAAUUGUUAUUGUUACUGGCCAUUGUGGAGACUGUUUAAGGUUUCCCUGCAGGUGUUUGUCAUCGGCACCAACAUGUUGAAGGGUGCUAAUGCAAUUUUAUGUCCGUGGGUGUCUGCAAUUUACCUCAGAGGGGAAAACAACGGGGCCACUGGGAGAAAGAUACGAUGGACGCGGGGCACUGGGGGACCUGAGAAUGUACGAGCCGCCGUCUGGUGGCUUUGAUCAGAGGACAGUACUUACUGAGGAUGAACUUAAGGUCGAACAGCUGUGCGAUGAGGAACGCUAUCGGUCGUUGUACAAUAAUGACGCUGAAGAGUCAAUGUAUCAUGAGGAAGAAAUGAAAAGAUUACAUCAAGCACUCGGUAAUGAACACACUUAUGGCCAAGUUGCGUACAAUUACGAUGAUCAGGACAGUCAAACAGCGAUCGGGGAAGAUUCUCAGAGUCCAAAGCCGUCUGAAGGGUCGCAGGAGGAAGAUCAGGCGUUCGUAUUGCCUCCAGAACUUGAGGUGCCUGAGGGUACAAUUUUGCCGGACACCCAGAAACUCGAUGCAAUCAUUACGAAGACUGCUCUAUUCAUCAGUCGUCAAGGAAGUCAAAUGGAAAUUCUCAUAAAAGCCAAACAAGCGAAUAAUCCACAGUUCUCAUUUCUCUCCAUUGAUGGUCCUCUGCAUCCGUAUUACAAAAUCGUGUUGGAGGGUAUUAAAUCGGGGAAAUACAAUCCGGAAAAACCGCUAGAAAAAGAGGAAUCAGCUUCAGAAGCAUCGGAUGAGGACGAAGACGGUUAUCUUCAUCCGAGUCUCGCCUCGUCUCUCUCCAAAGUUGAAGCGGCUCCUAGUAUCCCGAGUAUACAGUACAAACCCUCGGCGGACUGUGCGUACUCGAUGCUGGUGAAUAGAAUAACGGGUAAACCACCACCAUCAAGGGUUCCACCACCGCUACCACCGCCUGAAGUGCCUGCUCAACAGGUGGUACCACCUCUUGGGUAUUAUCCACCAAUGCCAAUGCAGGGCUACGCACCAUACCCCCCAGCUCCUCAGCAGUACUCCCACGGUCCCGUCAUCUACGGACCGAAUGGCCAAAUUCAAUCACCGCCGCACGUGUCAACGCCCCCGACCCAGCCCGUCGAAAGCCUUCCCUCCAUCAAGGAACCUCCAGCCCCUCUGGUCCCCUACGGAACAACCCCUCCAAAGCCUCUCAGCCGUCCCUCAUUCAUCGUGCCCCCCGCCGAUGUCCAAAUAAUAAUCGACAAGAUGGCCAGUUAUGUUGCGAAAAACGGCCGAGACUUCGAGGCAAUCGUGAAAGCCAAAGGAGAUCCUCGAUUCAACUUUCUCGAGCUGUCACACCAGUAUCAUGGCUACUAUGCUCACAAAUUGACAAUCUACGAGGGUGGUGUCAAUCCAAAAGUCUUAACUGAAGAGGAGCUUCUUCGUAAGCAGGAACCUCAGCAAGAAAAGGAGAAGAAAUUGGAAGAACUACAGAAGAAACAACAGAGAAUGGAGGAAGUUCAAAAACGAGUCAAGAUGAUUCAAGCGAAGAAGAAAGGAGAUAGGCAAAUCACAACAGUGUCGUUUUCGAUAAAGAAACCGAAGGAGGGAGAGGCGACUGUCAUGGAGAAACGCAGUGCUCUACCGAUGGAAGAGAGUGAUGAUGAUGGGGAUGCGGAGAAGAGGGAGAAGGAGGAAAGCUCUAAACCUUCGACCCCUGAGCCUCCAGAGCCACCGAGAAUCAGUGACCAAGGGAGGAAAGAUUCUGAGGAGAAGGAACUUGUGGAUUUGACAGAUGACAUUCUCGAGGACUGUCAGAAUCAGAUAAGGAUCAAGCAAGCAGAGGAUAAGAUCAAGGAUAAAUUGGCUGCUGCAGCCAGGGACAAGCUUGCUGCAACUUCUAGGGAACGAUUGUUGCAGAUAGAGAGAAAGAAGAAGGCUGCGAUGUUUCUCAGUCAGAUUCAAGCACCUAGUGCUCCUAAGAUAGUUAUGGAGAGGAUUGAGGAUGACUCGGAUGAGGUUCACUCGAUUCCAUCGCCCACUCUUGAGGACUCUGGGGGAGGGACUGGAAACUCACUCAUGAGCAGACUCAAGAGCGCUGAUCUUGGGAUCAAUCGCACUAGGAUGAGGUCCAGAUCAAGAAGUAGAAGUAGGAGUGGGAGUGAGAGCAGGAGUAGAAGCAGCAGACAUCGGUAUCAUAAGAAGCAUAAAAAGAAGAAGAGUUCGCAUAAGAGUUACGACAGUCCUAGCUCAUCGAGAUUCCAGCACUCCAAACGUUCUAAAAAAUCAUCUUCACGGCACAGAACUCGUUCUCGAUCACCAUCAAGACGCUAUCAGGGACAUCGAACCCGCAGCGACUCGAGUGCCUCAUCCUCCCUCUCUUCAUAAACCUCAAACGCCCUGGAACCUAUUGUAAAAGUGUAAAUAAUCAAUAAUUAUUAUCACCAAGAUAAUUUACUACGAUGCUUUCUUAGAGAAUAAACAGAAUGAGGAAUUAAA